AUGGGAACUCAAGCUCCAAAUGAUGAUAACUCUUUCAUUCCCACAUCGGCUCCUGCUGAUUACGAAUCGUAUAAACCCACUAAUAUUGAAAGGACAGCAGAGGAGAAGGCAAUUGAUGAUUGGCUUCCGAUCACUUCAUCAAGAAACGCAAAAUGGUGGUACUCAGCUUUCCACAAUGUCACCGCCAUGGUUGGAGCUGGAGUCUUAAGUCUCCCUUCUGCCAUGGCAGCUCUUGGAUGGGGGCCUGGUGUGGUUAUACUAAUACUAUCAUGGCUCAUCACCUUAUACACCUUAUGGCAAAUGGUUGAGAUGCAUGAAAUGGUUCCGGGGAAGCGGUUCGAUCGAUACCAUGAAUUGGGUCAGCAUGCUUUUGGAGAAAAGCUGGGACUUUAUAUUGUUGUACCUCAGCAGUUAGUUUGUGAAGUUGGUGUGAACAUAGUUUAUAUGGUCACUGGAGGGAAGUCUCUGAAGAAGUUCCAUGAAACAGUGUGUGGAAGCUGCCAAAAACUCAAACUUACCUACUUCAUAAUGAUCUUCGCUUCUGUCCAUUUCGUGCUCUCGCACCUUCCAAACUUCAACUCUAUUUCUGGGGUCUCUCUGGCUGCAGCGGUCAUGUCUUUGAGCUACUCAACAAUCGCUUGGACAGCCUCUGUUCAUAAGGGUGUGCAAGAAGAUGUGCAAUAUGGCUACAAAGCAACCACCACACCAGGAACUGUGUUUAACUUCUUUACUGCUUUGGGCGAUGUGGCUUUCGCCUAUGCCGGCCACAACGUCGUCUUGGAGAUCCAAGCAACCAUCCCUUCUACACCUGACAAGCCUUCAAAAGGACCAAUGUGGAAAGGAGUGCUCAUAGCAUAUUUCGUCGUUGCCUUGUGCUACUUCCCCGUUGCCCUGAUUGGGUAUCGGAUGUUUGGGAAUUCAGUCGAAGACAAUAUACUCAUCUCCUUAGAGAGGCCUGCAUGGCUUAUUGCAAUGGCUAACAUGUUCGUUGUUGUCCAUGUAAUCGGAAGUUAUCAGAUAUAUGCCAUGCCAGUCUUUGACAUGAUAGAAACCGUGCUGGUGAAAAAACUGUGGUUCAAACCCAGCACUACACUACGGUUUAUUUCGCGGAACAUUUACGUGGCACUUACAAUGUUCGUAGCCAUUACCUUCCCGUUCUUUGGUGGUCUUCUGGGGUUUUUCGGGGGAUUUGCUUUUGCCCCAACAACAUACUUUCUUCCUUGCAUCAUGUGGCUUGCAAUUUACAAACCAAAGAAGUUCAGCUUAUCUUGGUGUGCUAACUGGAGUGAGUUUUCACCAGUUCUUGCUGGAAUGAUGAUGGAGUAUUGUUUUUUCCCUAUUUUUAUGGCCGUGGCUAUAAGCUAUUCAAGAGAUAUCGACUUGCAUUUUGGCCAUGGCAACAUCUAA